AUGUGUUCACGAGAAAAAGGAAGAAAUGCUUGUCCUUGCAAGGGAAUAGGAAAUUAUUGUUCUUCUGUUUGCCACCCGGAAAGCCAGUCAUGCAUGAAUCGACUAAAUAUCGAAAGUGACACAGACGAGGACACAGAUUCGUUUGAAACAUUUGAAAGUCAAAGUGAAAUGCAGGUAUGUGGAUGUUACCAAAAUAGUGUGUGUUUUUUUACCAUAAUAGUAAUUUUGAAAUAUUUCAAUGUAAGAUUUUUUUGGCAGGAAUUAGGAGAACAUGACACUGAUGAUGACGACAGUGAGAAAUCGGAUACCCCAGAACCACAAGCAAAGCGAGCGAGAGGUCGUACAAGUGGUUUAUCCCGCGGAGCUAGAGGCAGAGUUCGUGGUCAUGGUAGAGGGCCUAGAGGCUGUGGAAGAGGUCGUGGAUGAGGUCGUGGACGAGGUCGAGGAAGACUAAUUGCAGAAGAUAAUUCCGAACAACGACUGGUUGCGCACGAACAACAGCUGCAGGUAAAUAUCAAAUUGUUAACAAUUCAAAUAUAUUUUUAUAUCGCUUUCAAGUAUAUUUUAAUUUGUUCUGUUUCCCAGAUAGAACUUUGCCGAUACGGCGAUACCAUUAUAGAGUAUAAUAUACAAAACGACAGUAACUCCAAAUAACUACCAAAUAGUUACUGUCGUUUUGUAUUUUAUAAAAAUACUCAGUGGUUCCCGUAACCAUAAUUACAGAGUAUAUACAUUGUAUAGUUUAUCAAUGGUUGUACAUUAUUACAUUAUGAAUAAACAGUGUACAUAUAACUUCUGGAAGUUUGUCACUUUCGAUUGAUGUAUUUUAUACAUGUGGAUAUAAGAGAUCGUUUAUAAACAUGAACGUUUAAACAUGUUUAUACCAUAAAAAAUUAUCUUAUAUAUUGCCUACAUGUUAUUGUUAUGACUUAUAGUAAUUAAUAUCAAUAAUAUGCUCACAUAUUGAAUACAUAUAACCUUUACUGAUUGUUUUCUUCGUCAACCAUGCAACAUACUAGUGAAUAUACCACUUCAAAAUUAGGCUUCACUGUAAGCAUAGCUCUAGUCAGUUUAAUAAUAGGAACCAGGGUCAGGGAAUGUGUGUGCCCUAAAUUUUCUUCCAAUUUCUAUUUUCAAGUUAAAACAAUGAAAGCAAUUAUAGCUAUUGUUUGGUUAAUAUAAACUGUGCUGUAAAAGUGGCAUACUAGUUCCCCUUUGCUUCAUAAAAUACUUGAGGAUAUGGGUAUUUAGACAUCAAUUGUAUUGAUACUUCAAUUGCAUAUAUGAGCUAUUUGAAGUGAAAAUGGAAGACUAAUUAGCAAUUAAUGUGAUAUACUUUUUGUAGAAUUUAGUUGAAAGCCUAGAUGUGAAUGCUUUGAGAAGAUUGGCAUUAGAAUUGUUGUGUAGACAGCCAGCAACAUUUUGUGACUUGGUAAAUGGUGAACUACCACAAAAUAUGCAACAAGAUCAAGGUGAACAAUCCCAUUCUCCACCAGAAGAACCAUCCCAACCUCCAGAAGAAGGAAAUCCUGAAUGGUGUUUUUGUGGUAAUUGUGAACAAAUGCCCACCCAAGAUGAGAACAAAUGUUGCGCAAAAAGAAUAAUGCCUUGUGUGACAGUAAAUCCUUUGUUCAACCAGCUUGUCCUGGAUCUUCAAAUGAGGUACAGAGAGGAUAUUUUAGUUUUGGAACAUCCUAGAAAUAACGAAAACUUUCGACAUGCUGCAUAUAGACAAUUUGUUCUCUGGCAGCAUGGGCGCUUAGGCAAGGGCAACAGAGUAGUCGUACCAAGCUGUUGUGUGCUUGCAAUAAGAGCAAGGUAUCCUUCCCCGAAUGGAGUUUAUAUAGGUUUCAGACCAGCUAGACUAUAG